AAUAAACAUGUUACAUAAAUUUCAAGCAAAAUAAUUGCAGAAUGACAUCUUUAAGCAAAUGUACAUUUUCAUACAAUGUAACUGUGACUGUCAGGCAUUAAAACUAAAGGGUUUAUUCUUCUUUUGAAGAAUCUCAUAACUAAACAGUUGAAUAGAAAGUGCUUAUCAUGUUGCAAUUAUAUUAUAGGGCAAGUUUGAGUCCACCUCAUAUAAAUCAACAUUUUUUCUUUCUUUUUCUUAUCACCACCCACAUCACCAUCAUCAUCAUCUACCCACAUAAUUAUAGGCUAUCUCACUCACCGUCUUAUUACAUCACAACAUUCAAAAUAUUAACUGUAUGUGAGGUACAUUGAGGCAUAACCUUCCACAGGAGAAAGGAUCGAGUAAAUAUAUAUAUAUGUCUGACAGAACAGUUGUCCAUGGAAACUGUGCUGUACAUAUACCAAGACGAUACAAGCACAUUGAAUUAAAGAAUUACCAAGAAGCUUUAGAUAGCUUUAGUGACAGCUGGCUCUUAAAUAUUUCCGCGAUUCUAGCCUGAACACAUUAUGGGAUGCUAAUAAACAGAAAAUACCUUGUAUACAACUUUCCAACAUAAAUAAUUUCUGUGACAGGUUAGCCAUUCAUAGCACAGGAACAAAGCACUGUAGUCUGAACUGGUAUCGCAGUAAUAGUACAGAAGUAGCAGAAGAAAAGAAGAAUAUCUAAAUGCUACAUGCUAUAUUUAUGAAGACAAAGAGCGCUGAUUUACCACUCAUAUAACCCAUUAUCAUCUGUAUCACACUAAUUCAUCUGUAAUUAAGCUUAUAAGUGUGUGUGAACUAUCUAAUCCAUCCUGAGGUCAAAGAGCACAGCACACCAGCGCGCUGUUGAUCGCUAGAUGAUCUGUAAUGUUCUCAGAAAGAGAUAAUUAUUUCUAGACGUCUUUUUAAAGAAAUGUUUGAAACAUGUUGCAUAAUGGAAAGUAUAUUUACAAUUUAUUUAUUUCAUUUUCCAUAGUGAAGAACUAAUGACUUUGCUCAGACUUCCAACAAUCGGGAUUUUCCGCAUUGAGUAAUCUUUUCUUACGAUGACUAGAAUAUUAUGACAUAUUUUUUUUUCUAAAAUAUAAACUUAAGUAUUGAGCAGGUGUAGUGGUGCUUGGCAGAGGAUAUUCUUUCUUUGAAACGUUCAAAUUGAUGUUCAAUUUCUUCAUAAGUCUCUCCUUCCUGGUCUCUGGGUGUAGGUGAACUCCCUGAGGAGUCACGAAGGCAGUAAGAGUCACCACUUUGUCGGAUCCAUUAGUGAACUCAAGUUCUGAACCUAUAACAAGAAACAAGGGUAAAUUUGUAAAGAUGAUACCUAACAAGUUUCUGUUCACUGUCUUGGUGAUUCUAAGUGUGGGAAAUUUUGCUCAAAACAGAAACAUCACCUGUAAAUUUCUUGAAGAGGCAUUGUACCUGAAGCUGAACUGUUACUUUCCUGAAGACAUCAGUGUUACCAGGAAAGACUUCUCGGUCUACCACUACCCAACAAUUAAGGAUGGAGAAAGAGCAGUUCGUUUGGUCAGCUGCUAUUGGAUACGAGUAAAAGACUUCGAAUGCGACAUUAAAGAAGGGUAUGAGUACAACAAGAUCAUACACCCCGAUCACAUUUCAAUCCUGAUAAUCAAUGUUUCGAGUAAUCACCUGGGAAAAUACGAGUGUCAGCUUCCUGGCGAUAAGGGCAGUUGUGAUCUUCUAACAGUACCCAUUUUAACAGAUAUGGUCGAAAAGAAUCCAUCACAAGAAACGCAAGCUCAAGUCUCAACAACCAUUGGUGCAGGGACUUUGGAAUCACUUCCAGCUGAAGAUGGAAUAAGCGUUGGAGCAGGAAUAGGAAUAGGAGUUGGAGUUGGACUUGUACUCAUUCUUGGAUUAAGUGCGGGGGCUUAUUUCUGGAGGAAAAAAAGCAAACGAACUCCAGAAAAUGAUAAUAGAAAUGACAACACAAGCGGGGAAACUGAACCACUGGCAGCUAAUAGAGAGACAACGGGAGAUCAGAACGAAUCCCAAAGAACUGACAACUUUGGAAGACCUAAUAAGGAGGAAGAAGAGCCUCCCUCUGAACAACGGAGAAACUCCCUUCCACAAAAUGAUGAGACGAAUGAUCAUCAGAACGAAGCUCACAGAAUAACUAACAGCUAUAUGGCUACUCCUCAGGGGAACACACCUUCACCUAUCACGAAUCUUCCGGAGGUUCUUCUUAACCUAGGAGGAAGAGACCUUCACUGGGAGAAAACUGAAACAGAAUGUCGUGGUGCUGAUGGCUCCCGAAACAUAAACAAAAUGGAGAGAUUGCGCAUCAUCAAUACCCCGGCAGAAGGCAGGAACACCAGCGUUGAACAAGAAGGCCAGCCAGUUUCAUGCUCUGUACAAGACACCUAUCAAAAGGAAAGUAUCAAUGAAAGCAAAGAAGAAGAAGAGGAGGAGGAGGACGACGACGACAAAAUGACAGCGAGUCUUCACUCCAGAGACGCUGAUUCUAACAUCCGGGACCAUCUUCGGCAGAAAAACAGCCAUCUCACUGCCGCCAGGAAGCUAAACAAGAAAGAUGAUGUUUCAAAACAUCAAGAAGACUCACUUUCCAUGGAGUGUGCGCCAGCAGGGGGAAAUGUCAAAGUUCGUGAAAAAGUCACAAAAAAGAAGACAGAUACAGACUGUUAACAAAAAUAGUAGUUUGAUCACUUUUCCCCCAUUGUACAAAACUUACCUCAAGGGGGAAGAGAUCGGUCCACUUCCUGGAUAGUUGUUUCACUGUACCCUUGCCAAGAGAAAAUAUGCCCCACCUUGUAGGACUAUAGGUACUGACGUGAGGCAUAGGCUAGGGGAGACAACCUGACAGAACUAAGCUGACAAUGGGGAGUUAGCUUCCCACGAUGGAAGGGCGUUUCUACAUGUCCGUUGCCAUGUGUUUGUUAUCCGCUGCCUGGGUGACAUCUCGGGAGGGAUAUAGUACCCUAUAUCUUUUCAAAAGUAGAAUGCUGGCAUAGCAACCGCUUGUAUGACCUUUGUACAGGGUACCGACCAGGUCUCUUUCUUACUGGGUAGAACCGCCACGUGUAGCCGGCUCGAGACGAGGCACCUCGGCUAAGCAACCCCUUGGUGUAGAUUGUUAUUAAAAUCAACCGAUGGACAAAAGCUGGUAGGUUUGUAAAUAAUGUAACUAUGAUUUUGUAAAAUUAAAUUUAAAUGUCUGUAUGAAUAUGUCUGUCUUAAUUAAAGUAUUUACUUUAUUAUU